AUGCAGAAUAAAUCUUGUGGAGGCUGCAACUUGUUGCGAGAGGCGUGUCGCCCCGCCCACGCCGCCAAGAGACCUGAUGCUGCACAGCAUGACCAGUUCGUCUUCAGGCACCGCGGUAGUAACACGUUCAAGAAUGACGCAUCUCCUACGUUUCGACAUGAGCUUUCUAUCUCCGGAACGCUGACGACUACUAAAGCA